GUUCUCCAUGGUCAAAUGAUACAGCUGGUACAACGAAACUUAUGCGGAAAUCGGAGACUGCCGUACAAUCUGACCACGUUUUAAAGUUUGUGUAUGACAAAGAUGCGCAGUUUAUAAGGGGAAUUGUGCAAGCCUCCAUGCGAGACCGGAGCUACAGGUUACUAUUACUCGUGGUUCUAACUAAACAGUUGAACAGAGUACCUGUGAAUGUGUAAAUGGGAUGGACAAAUGUCACCAUAAAGCCAGCAUUCUUCUCUAUGGGUACAAAAAUGUCAGCAAAACUGAUGUACGCCAGAGUUGGAUUAAGCAUCCAGAGUGCGCCACCUCGUCAAACUAAGACGAUGGAAGAACUUUUUCCUGCACCUGACAGGUUAAUAAAUUACAGCAAUGCAUUGGCUACUAUCCCCCGAGCCGCCUGUGCCCACACUUGCAGUGCCUCUAGUUGAAGACCUCAUCUCUAGCCAGGAAUUUAUUUCUGCAGAGAAUCCAAUCGCUUGGAUGAAGCAAAAAUUAAUGAUAAAUGAGCAAGAAAUCCAACAGAUUGCCUGUCUUACCACUGGUCAAAAGGAAAAUUGCAUGUGGUCAUCUGUUAGGAAGAAUAGAUUAACAUCUUCAAACUUUGGUUGUGUUUUGGCAGCGAUCAAGAGAAAUAGAUAUCCUGUCUCCUUAUACAAAAGAUUAUGCUCAGCUUAUGAUCUGUCAAAGAAGGAUGCCAUUAUUUGGGGGACGUGCAAUGAAAAAGUCGCAAUUGAAAAGUAUAGAACUUUUGGGGAUGCAGUUGUAGAGCCAACAGGUAUCUGGCUACACUGUAAUGGGGUUCUUGGGUCAAGCCCCGAUGGACUCAUUCGUCGUUCUGCUGCAUUCGGAUUCAGCUAUCAGAAUCCAGGACUUGCUGACAUAUUAGAGAUGUCAAACGUUAAGCCAGAAAUACUGGAGGUGAAAUGCCCCUUUUCAGCAAAGAAUAUGACAAUUCCAGAAGCUAUUGAAAAAGUACACGAUUUCUGCCUAGGUAAUAAUAGUGUAGGUUCAGGAUUUUAAUGGAGUCAAGUCCUUCAAGCUAUGAGAGAACCACCAAUACUAUGAUCAAGUGCAAGGACAGCUUCAUAUAAUUGGUAAAUCCUUGUGUGAUUUUAUGGUCUGGACACCAAAAGACUGUGCGAUUGUGAGAAUUAACAAAGACAUCAAUUGGGAGAUCAACAUAUCUGUUUUGACAGACUUUUAUUUCUGUAAAUUUCUCCCGUAUUUACAACAGCUAUAAGAUAUAACAUUAAACAUGGUGAAAACAUUUUAA